CAAGCCCACCUUGGCAGGUUUGUGUGAAGAGAGAAGAUGUUGACUUUAACUACACUUCACUUCACGUAGGCUACCACAACACAUUUUGGCGUGCUCAUCUUCACGACAACGACGGAGAGUGGACAUCACGCUGACUACUUUAACAGAGGGGCAGUUAGGGUCUUAGUGAGACAUCGAGAGUACGGGUUAGCAAUUGUCGCUCGAAACAAUCACGUAGAACGAGAGACCCACGGCAGAAGGCGGUCAUGUUGAACGUAGCCAGCUCCAUGGAGGGACUAGAUCAGGGAAUUGAUACCAAGCCAUCGGCUUUUAUGGAGCUACAGAACCCAGCGGCCGGGAUGAUGGGUCAUACACCGUACCCAAUUCGAUCUGGCCACUACCCGAUGUCGCCAAACCAGGAAUCGUUGUACUCCCACCAACAGCAACACGCUCGGUCGUUGGGUUACCCCUUUUCUAUGAACUCAAUGAAUUCUCUGGGGCAUAAUCCUUACAACGCGGCCUCUCAUCCCUUUGCCAUGAACCCUUACCAGACGCCUCCACCAGUUAGGGAAGUUGAAGGUAAAACUCAGGAAGAACAACUCCGUAUGAAUGGCAAAGGAAAGAAAAUGAGAAAACCUAGAACGAUAUAUUCCAGCCUCCAGCUGCAACAACUUAAUCGCAGAUUCCAAAGAACGCAGUAUCUGGCUCUGCCAGAGAGAGCAGAAUUGGCGGCUUCCUUAGGCCUAACGCAGACACAGGUCAAAAUCUGGUUCCAAAACAGAAGAAGCAAGUACAAGAAGAUCAUGAAGCAGCAGCAGAAUACCCCAGGGGGAACCCCGGGGCAAGUGGUCCCCACGGGUCAGCAGUCCCCUACGGGCCCCAAUCCAGCUCAACCCCAAGGCACCUCUAGUCCACAUCAUCCACACACCCCUAACGGCAUGGACAGCCCCCAGUCACCACCCACGCCAACGCAACCGAACGGGCCACAUCAAACAAAUAUGUUACCUACUCCCCCAGGGGGUGAUAUGAGUCCCCCGGGGACUUGGCCUGAUUACAGCGGAGGCCACACCCAGUCCACGAACAGUUAUAUCAACGUGAAUAGCACGGGCCCAGGAAAUUACAUGCCGCAGUACGCUGCAUGGUACCAGUCGCCCAACCCUAUGGCUAUGAGUCAACCCUCAACACUGCUCACAUAGAAAUAACACUGGCAUAGAUAGAUUUAAUAUAUACAUAAAUAUAUAAUAUGAUAACGAGAGUGGAAAGAUUUGAAACUAACUUUGGAUCAAAGAGCUGAACCGGGACGUAUGCGAUCCACGAAUAUUGAAAGGGUUGCUCAAAAUUGGUAGGAAGAUCUUCCUGUUGGAGGAGAAGUCGUGGGAGUCGUGCCCAUUGCUCCCCCCGCCUCUCCCUGCCAGUAAGUUAGCUACCGCCAUCUAUCACGAGAACAGUAUGAAGCCAAAUGUGACUUCGUGACGCAUGGACAAUCUCUUUACGUAACUGAACCGCGUCACGACAACGUCGAACUCCCACGUGACUCUUUCUACCUCAUCUUGAAAUCCGAACACGAGAAUGGCCAAACUUAGUUAGUGUUUUCCACCUGAAUUGAGCCGCCAUAGAUUGGAGUAUGCUGAGGCCAUACAAGAGUUCGUUUCUGUACAACAGUCAUGCAUUCCUUAUUUUACUGUUAACCGGGACAUUAGUGCAAAUAAAAAAGGACUCAACCUUGUGUUAACAAUGACCUCCAGCGGACUUUAUGAUUUUCUUCACAGACGAAAAAACCAAAACGCAAAAGCCUAGAAUAUAAUCAAGUGGCCUUAAGUUAGAGUAGAUAUAUGUAUAUACUGAAAAUUUCAUCUAUUAUAUUUAUGUGAAAGAUAUUUUUGAAUUGUUUAAAAGAAAGCGGUGUGUAAAUAUGUAAGUGUAUUAUUGUAUAUUUUAAUGUCUAGUUAGCUUGCAGAUGAAAUCACGUUCCAAUCCAAAGAGAUUAGAUGACUUCAAUUUUCUUCUGCUCUGUUGUGCGGUGCGGGCAUAACUAAAUGGUCAAAUAAUAGUUUGGAAUAAUGAUUCUUUGGGGCUUGUAGGAUGAAUUUUUCCAAACAUGGUGCUUUUCUACCAUUCCAUGACAAUUUUUUUCUGUGCAAAUGAGAGAUUUUGCUGUUCAUGGCAGAAAUGAUUUAGAGGAAUAUUAAGCGUUUUAUUAUGUAUUCGUUAAAGAGGCCAUUGUAAAUUGGUGUACUAUAUAUUUGUUUUUACACACGUUACACGGUUGAUAUAUCGUGGUGGAUAUUUUAUUUCAAACAACAGGGUAAAAAAUCAAGACAAGAGAUAGUAAAAUGAAAAGUGCUUCACGCUUUAGAAUAUUUAGAGGGGCUUACCUGUGUUCAGAUCUUUAGACCAAACAUUGUCAGUUGACAACCCCACAGGAUAUGCUGUUAUUAUAAAAUGCAAAGACGCGCACAGUUUUUUUACGUGGUAUAUGAUUUCAGUGCACAGGUAAAUAAUGUGGUUGUGAUUUUUUUACAAUAAUUUUUUUCGACAUAAACAUCAGUAUGAAAGACAUUCUUAUACAUCUGUGUGCCAGGGGGCUAAUUUUUGUGCUCUUUGUAUGAAUUAUCAGCCCAGAAUACACUUAAUAGUGAGAACACCAAUGACCAUAGCUAUGUUAUUUUAGUUGUAUCUUUUAGCACAAAUAAGUCAGUCCGACCCAAUUUUUUGUUAUCAUUCACCGACUUUACAUUCAUUCUUUCUUUAGACACUGUGAAAAAUACGUUGCAAUAAUACCGAUGCCAAGAAUUAAAGGGACGUUUUUGUGAGAUAUUUAUGACGUCAAGAGGUGUCAAGUUAAUAUUCUUCUUAUUGUUGUGAAAGAAAAAACAUCAAGUGCAGUACAAAUCGUUAGCUGACCUUUGAACAAACAUCUUGUCAUCUUUGUAAAUACGAAGUUCGUGUUACUAUAAAUAUUUAAUAAAAAAUCAUCUCACAGAUAUUUUU